AUGACCGCCCAGUACGAGAGCACCGAUGUCUUGAUCAUUGGCGCCGGCCCCACGGGCCUUCUCCUCUCCAGUGAAUUAGGAUUAAGAUGCAAAACCAGGAACAUAGUGCUCGAGAAAGACACGUCGAUAUACAAGUACCCACGUGCAUUUACGCUGGGGCAACAUUCCGUUCGGCUGCUGCAAGGUCUUGGGCUGUACUCCAAAAUAUACAGCGAGAUUGGAUAUUGUUCGUCUCUCAUCUCCAUGGUUGGUGGCACUGAUUCGAGGUUCCAGAAAACCCCGUUCCUGGAGAGGGAACUGCAGACUGGGCAUUCGGCGCUGCAUGCUAAUCUGCACUUCAAGCAGCCUGUCAUGGAGCGCAUUCUGCAUGACCUUAUACAUAAAGACGAGUACUCUGAGCUCCGCACAGGCUGCAACGUUACGUCGAUCAGUGAAGAUGACGACUGGGUGUACGUGGAAUAUGAGCAUGCAGGCUUAAAGAAGAGAGUCAAGUCUCGAUUUCUAGUCGGAGCCGACGGCAAGAUCGGAUAUACUCGCAAGAAGUAUCUGGAGCCAAAAGGCGUCAUCAUGGAAAGCACCCUACCAUGGACCAUGCUCGCCGGCAGCGUCAACAUCCUCGUCAAACGUCCCACCCCAGAAUCCCACCCCGACUUCCCCCUAUGGGCCAUCGGCUACACCCCAGACCGCGUCCUAGACGCAUUCAUCCCCAACUCAUUCAUCUUCAAAUGCAACCCCAACCGCCCCGUCGUAAGCUGCCGCCUCGGCCGCCCAUCCGAAGACCCCAUGCCCUGGCGCUUCGAAAUCGCAACCCGAGACAACGAAGACGGCAUGGCCGUCCUCGACCCCAACACCGUCAUGCACUCCACCAUCUACCCCUACCUCCGCCGCCCCGGCAGCGACUUCGGCGUACACGGCAUGGUCGAGUAUCCGCACGACUGCCUCGAGCUCGUAACCGUCAACCCAUACCGCUACUCCGCCCGCACAUGCAAUCGCUGGUUCAUCGGCCGCAGCAUCCUCGCCGGCGACGCCGCACACGUCUUCCCCCCGUUCGCCGGCCUAGGCGUCGAAUGCGGCCUCAUGGACGCAAGCGGGCUCGCAUGGCGCCUCGCCCAUCUCCUAAACCAGCCCUCUUCCCCUUCGCCCCAGACCAUCGCCGCAGUGCUCUCCUCCUGGGAACGCGAGCGCCGCACCCACGUCGUCCACGCCCUGUCCCUCACCCUGCGCAACGCAAUCUGGAUCGAGCAAAGCCACGUGAAGAGCACGCUGACGCAAUGGCUCGUGUACAUCCAGCGCCUCGUGCCCGCCUGGAAGGCCGGGAUCGAGAAUCCGAAUGAGCGGCCUGUUGAGUAUGCGUAUGAGCCGGGCGUGAGCUUUGUGCCGAUUGGGCUGAGCGGUAUGAAGACGAGGUCGCAGGGCGCGUCGAUGGUGUGUCCGCAGAUCGGAUGUGUGGUGUUGGGCGGUGGUGGUGCUGACGCUGGGGGUGAGGUCAGGCUGCUUGAUGAUAUAUUGUUUGAUCGCGCAAAGACGGGCGUCUUACAGCUUCUCGUGCUCCUGCCCUCUGCACCACUACUCUCACAAUUCAUCUCGCAGAUCGCAGACCUGAUUCCUCGCAUCGCAUCACUCUCCGAUAACACCGUCCUCGGCUCCGAAGCUGUCCUCCUUCUUUUCCCCUCCCCUCACACUCAUUCCACCACCUAUCCCAGUCUCAUCUCCCUCCUCCCCACUAACCUAAAAGAUACAACCCUCCUCCGCCCCGCAUCCCUCGCCGAAUACGCCGCCAGCGCCCUGCUUGCGGAUCGUCCGUACCCAGCUAUGUAUAAUGAGGGGCGGAUUCAUGAGGAGUUUCCCGGUGCGAGGUACGUGCUUGUUAGGUUGGAUCGGGUUGUGUUUGCGGCUUGUGGGGAUGAGGGGGCGUUGGAGGGGGUUUUGAGGGGGGUUGGGGGCGUGCUUGGGGGUGCUUGA